UUUCAUUGUGGCAUUUGGAACAGAAAGAACUACUCUCACUCUCCUUUGCUAUGGACACUUCACACUGCCAAGGACGGCCAUUCAAAAUUUUGAGGCCCAUAGGGAAUGUAAUAGGACAAGUCUUGGUUGGCUUGGCUCAAAUUUUAGAGGCCUCAAAGGGAAUGGAAAAGAACAAAAAAAAAAAAAAAAAGUUAGGGCAAGUUUCAGACGACACAAUCUGCUUCGACACUCCGCAGAGUGCAGCCUCCGCUAUCGCCCCAGGUGACAAGGGCCUCACAUUUGAAUGUUCAACUAGGGCCUCUCUAAAUAUUUGGAAUCUCAGGGCCGGCCCUGCACACUGCUGUAAAUCAUGCUAGCGAUACGAACUUACAUUCAUGUCUAUAUACGCCGCUCUUGUAUCAAACCACUAUUUCUGACCCUUUAUUCAACUUCCACCACUCAAAGCCUCGCAAAACCCAUUAUCACAUCCAGUAAAUUUCAAGUUUAUUGCAACUCCCAGAUAUCGAAAAAUGGAAGAAAUGGUAAUAUCAUUGAAGCCGAGGCGAUUUUCAAUCGCAUGCCCAACAAAAAUAUCAUCUCUUGGACAGCAAUGCUUACUGCGUAUGCUGAGAAUGGACAAAUCAAAAAAGCUCGAAACGUGUUCAACGAAAUGCCCGAAAGAAGUGUUGCGUCGUGGAAUGCGAUGAUCACGGCUUAUAUACGCAACAUCCCUGGGAUUGAUGGUGCUAGUGAAUUGUUUCAGCGGAUGCCUGAUAGAAAUGCGGUUUCUUAUGCUGCAAUGAUCACAGGUUUUGUUCAGGCAGGGAUGUUGAACAGGGCUGAGGAAUUGUAUGCGGAGACGCCUGUAAUUUGGCGUGAACCUGUUUGUUCGAAUGCAUUGAUUUCUGGGUAUUUGAAGAAGGGUAAAUUAGAAAAGGCAGUUCAGGUUUUUGAUAAUAUGGUGCAGAAAGAUGUGGUUUCUUGGAGCUCAAUGGUUGAUGGGUAUUGCAAAGCGGGAAGAAUUGGGGAAGCAAAAGAAUUGUUUGAUAGGAUGCCGGAACGAAAUGUGGUUUCUUGGACCGCGAUGAUUAAUGGAUAUCUGAAGAUAGGGUGUUUUGAAGAUGGGUUUGGAUUAUUCUUGCAAAUGAGACGUGAAGGUAUUGUAAGAAUUAAUUCUACUACACUAACCAUAAUUUUUGAAGCAUGUGGAAACCUUGGUAGAUAUCGAGAAGGAAUUCAGAUGCAUGGGAUGAUUUUGCCUGUGGGAUUCAACUUUGAUGUCUUCUUAGGGAAUUCUAUGAUGAACAUGUAUUCUAGGUUUGAUUGUAUAGAUGCAGCUAUUAGAAUUUUUCAUAUGAUGAGCAGAAAAGAUGUGGUUUCUUGGAAUUCCAUAAUUGCUGGUUAUGUUCAAGCUGGUGAAAUUGAAGAAGCUUACGAACUUUUUAACAAGAUGCCGGAAAAAGAUGUAGUUUCUUGGACAACCAUGAUUACCGGAUUCUCAAACAAAGGUUGGACAGGAAAGUCCGUUGAGUUGUUUAAAAGCAUGACUGAGAAAGAUGAUAUUGCUUGGACCGCUGUUAUUUCAGGCUUUGUGAAUAACGAAGAAUAUGAGGAGGCUAUCCGCUGGUUCAUUCAGAUGCUUCAGACGGCAAUCAGGCCGAAUCCUCUUACGUUAAGCAGUGUGCUCAGUGCUUCAGCAAGUAUGGCAACAUUAAACCAAGGGCUGCAACUCCAUGCUCAUGUUGUAAAAAUGGAUACUGAAUUUGAUUUGUCCAUUCAAAAUUCACUGAUUGCAAUGUAUUCUAAAUGCGGAAAUGUUGAUGAUGCUUACAAGGUCUUCAUAAAUGUUAGUGCCCCAAAUGUUAUAUCUUUUAACUCGAUGAUAACUGGGUUUGCACAAAAUGGGCUUGGGAAAGAAGCACUUAAGUUAUUUAAUGAGAUGCAGAACAAAGGCCAGGAACCUAACCAAAUUACCUUCCUCGGUGUCCUUUCCGCGUGUACCCAUGUGGGGCUAGUAGAUGAAGGAUGGCACUACUUCAAAUCUAUGAAAUCCUCAUAUGAGACUGAACCGGGGCCAGAUCACUAUGCUUGUAUGGUGGAUCUCCUUGGCCGAGCUGGGUUGUUGGAUGAAGCUAUUAAUUUGAUCAAAUCAAUGCCAAUUAAGCCCCAUUCUGGGGUUUGGGGAGCUCUACUUGGUGCAAGCAGUACCCAUUUACGUCUUGAUCUUGCAAAGCUUGCGGCUGAACGCCUUUUUGAGUUGGAGCCCAAUAAUGCAACUGCUUAUGUGGUCUUGUCCAACAUAUAUUCAGUUGCAGGAAAGAGGAAAGAUGAGGAACGAGUGAGAGUAACCAAGAAAUCAAAAGGGAUAAGAAAGGCACCAGGUUGUAGUUGGAUUAUGGUGAAGGACCAGGUUAAUUUGUUCCUUGCAGGAGAUGAGUCUCAUAUUAACUUUGAGGAGAUUAAAAGUACAUUAUGGAUAAUCAUGGAUGAAAUGAGACAAAUGCGCUGUCACCAAAAAUGAUUGUUAUCAUGGCUUUCCAAUCUGUAAAUGAAGUAUAAGAAAUCAAUGGAAGCUCUCCUGUAGUAGGUUGUCUAGGUUUCCCUGUUCUUAGGCUGAACUAAGGAGAGCUGAUCUUCAGGUUUUGGGCCUUUUGUCUGAAAUCAAAAUUUCUUUGGAGGCUAUAUCUUCUGAUAACUGAGAACUGGAAGAAGACUGAUGCAAAUAGGAUAAUGAAGAUUGUAUACCUUUAAAGAAGAAACACACAUUGCAACUACUCCUAGACUAUGGCAGGUUGAAUUAAAACUAGUUGUUCAUGCUUUGAUGGAACUAUUUGGAAAGCUGGUUUUUGAGGGUGUCUGAGCAGAGCUCCUUGUGAACAUUGAGGUGAAUGGAGUACAGAAUAGAAGGGGCAUAAACCUUCAAUCUUGAAGUGAUGUUCGAGACAUCAGCAUCUGACUCCCACUUCUGAAACCUUAUCUCUUGUUUUUGGUGUGAAGUCAAGCAGUAGCUUGUGAUGUUUCAUCAUAACUUACCCGUGGGCAUCCUUGAGGACUUUCGUGCAAAGAGAAUAUUUUUGGCACCUUUAAAGUUCUACAGGUUGUCAUACUUCUUAAAAUCUGAUGCUCACAUAAGUGGCAAGUAUCGUCAUUCCUUGGGAAGUGGGUGGUUUCUUGAGUUCUUAUUUUUGCUCGACAUCCUACACAUUUACAAGGCCAAUUGUAAAAAGUUUUAUCCAUGUAAACCUGAGCACUUGAGACAUGGCAUCUCUUGCCCGGACUCUUCCACUCUUUUGGCUCCAGUCUCUCAACCCAGUCUGUCUUCCUCUAUCCAUCCCUUCGGUCUUUAUGGAUGUUGACUGGAUCCUUUGAUACUUUACACAAACAGACAGAAAUACAAGAUGCUUUUUAGUGAAGAUGUGAUUUCAGAGCUUGCACAUAGACGCUGCUGGUUUCAAAAUUGCCUAAAGGCCCAACAAUUGAAGUGAGAAAUUACAGAAUCAGGUAUACUGAUAAGAGUGACAGCUUCAACUUUGUUGUUAUAUUGGGUGUUCUGUUAACUGGUAGAGACCCAAUGGAUCCAUUCUUUGAGGGAGCAGUCACUGGGGGAAGUUUGGGACGGUGGCUUCGGCGUCUGCAACAAGAGGGGGAGGCCCGAGAAGCAUUAGAUAGAAGUAUCUCUGGGGAAGAAGUAGGAGAAGAUGAGAUGCUGAUGGCAGUGAGAAUUGCUGUCGUAUGCCUAUCUGAUUUGCCUGCGGAUUGACCAUCCAGCGAUGAACUUGUUUCAAUGCUCACCCAACUGCAUAGUUUCUGAAAUAAUGUUCUCUGAUUUGUCAUGAUGAAAUGAUGGAAAAGUCUUCUCAGAUUUCUCAAAAUUCUGGUAGUACCAGUCCAGUGAGAAAUGAUUUUGAGAUAGUGCAAAACCAACUAUCAGGAAAGGAUAUCCCCGUGGGUUUGGACAUGGUUUCGUGAUUCCAAGCCAUCAAUGUGCAUCCUCAUCUUAUGAAGAGGCUUUUAGUAAAAGAGCAGAAAUUGUUGAGGAAAAUAAUGUACAACUGAAUGUCUUUGUAUUUAGUUUAAAAUGAUGCUCUGAUUUUUGAACAUGUUGGAAGAGGUUUAAAGUUUAUUUUUAUAUUCUACUUGUCA